AUGAGAGAAGAAGAAGACAGGAAGAGAAAACAACAGGAAGAAAUUCAACGACAGGAGUGGAAACAGAAAGUUGAAGAUUUGGAGGAAAAAAUAAAAUCAGAGUCAGAAUCAAAGGAAACCAUUGAUAGAAAGCUGGAGGAGAGCAGAGAAGAGAUGAGAAAAGAACGAGAGAACUGGGAGAAACAACAAAAAGAAUGGUGGGAAAAACGAAAACAAGAAGACGAAAAGAGGCAACAAGAGGAAGAAACAAGACUUAGAAAGGUUCAAGAAGAAUACGAACAGGAAAGAGAAAACUAUGAAAAGAAAAGAGAAGAAGAGGAUCGAAUCAGAAAAAUACAAGAGGAAAAAGAGAAAGAAAAGCAGAGAGCAGAAAUUGAAAAGGAGAGAAAACUGAGAGAAAAACUUCUUGAAGAAAAGGAGGAAAACAUCAAAAAGGAACGUGAGGAGAGAAAGAAAGAACAGGAAAUGAGAGAGGAAAAAGACAGGAAGAGAAAACAACAGGAAGAAAUUCAACGACAGGAGUGGAAACAGAAAGUUGAAGCUUUGGAGGAAAAAAUAAAAUCACAGUCAGAAUCAAAGGAAACCAUUGAUAGAAAGCUGGAGGAGACCAGAGAAGAGAUGAGAAAAGAACGAGAGAACUGGGAGAAACAACAAAAUGAAUGGUGGGAAGAACGAUAUCAGGAAAAUGAACAGAUACGACAGGAGGAACAAACAAAACUUAGAAAACUUCAAGAGAAAUAUGAACAGGAAAGAGAAAACUAUGAAAAGAAAAGAGAAGAAGAGGAUCGGAUCAGAAAAAUACAAGAGGAAAAAGAGAAAAAAAAACAGACAGCAGAACUUGAAAAGGAGAGAAAAUUAAGAGAAAAGCAACUCAAAGAAAAGGAGGAAAACAUCAAAAAGGAACAUGACAAGAGAAAGAAAGAACAGGAAAUGAGAGAAGAAGAAGACAGGAGGCGAAAACAACAGGAAGAAAUUCAACAACAGGAGUGGAAACAGAAAGUUGAAGCUUUGGAGGAAAAAAUUAAAUCAGAGUCAGAAUCAAAGGAAACCAUUGAUAGAAAGCUGGAGGAGAGCAGAGAAGAGAUGAGAAAAGAACGAGAGAACUGGGAGAAACAACAAAAAGAAUGGUGGGAAAAACAAAAUCAGGAAGAUGAACAGAGACAACAGGAGGAACAAACAAGAAUGAAAAAGCUUCAAGAAGAAUACGAACAGGAAAGAGAAAAUGAUAGAAAGAAAAGAAAAGAAGAGGAUCAAAUCAGAAGUGAAAAAGAGGAAAAUGAAAAAAAAGAGAUUGAGGAGAACUAUAAGAAAAAACUAGAGGAUCUGAAGAAGACAUAUGAAGAAGAAGCUAGAAAGAAGGCUGAAGAGUUCAAUGAAUUCAAAGAGAAAUACAAAAAGGAAUCUGCAGCUCUGAAGGAAGAACAUGAGAAACAAAUGAAAGACAAAGAUCUACAAUAUAACUUCUUAAAGGCUCUCAAAGACCACAAUGAAGAACACAUAAAGAAAAAACAUCAAGAGGAAAUGUGUGAAGUAGUGAAAUGUGUGACCAAAAAGAAAGAAAACAUGAGAAAAAUCAAAGACUUACUGAAAAACACAAAAAAAGAAAUGAAGAGAGAACAAAAUGAGGAAAUAAAGAAGAAGCUGCAACAAAAACAUGAAAUAGAAAUAAAUAAGUUGAUACAGGAACUGAUGACACAAGUCGACACAUCAAGCUGUCACAUUUUAUGAGAUUUGUUCGAGGUAAACUUCACAACAACAGAUCAGUUUCAGAAGUUUCCUUUUUUCUACUUUCAUUUAGUUUCAAUCAGUGAAACUUUAAAGAAGGAAAUAUUCCAUAGUAAUAUU